AGAGAGGAGGAGAGGAGAAAACAAGAAGAACAACAAAGGAGAGAAGAGGAGAGAAAGAAAGAGGAGUUGAGUCAAAGAAUACAGGAAUCAAGGGAAAGAGCUAAAGAGCAGUAUGAGAAACAACAGAGGAGUAGACAAGAGUAUCAGUCAAAACAUAAUGUUCUGAUUGGGCAUUUGGACGACUUUGAAACUGAUUACAAAUCAUACAGUGGGAAAGAUGAACUUCUAGAAAUCCUGUCUUCAAAAUGUAAUAUUGAAGCUUCAGAUCUCAGUCUGACUGCUCCAAAAGCUGAUGUGCUGGGGAAAAUCCUCUCAGCUCUGGACAAACUUCUGUUUGAUGAAUGGCUAUAUGAUCCCCCAUCUGCCAGUACUCUGUUACAUGCUCAGGUUUACAUCACAGAGCUGUGUGUAAUGUCUGUGGAGAUACCAGAAGAAGUGUCAAGAGAAAAUAUCUGCAAUCAUGUGCAAUCCUUGGUUGAGACCAUCAGCCAAUCAGCAUGUAAUAUUUCUGAGAGUCUUGAGUUGACUCAAGCUGUCUAUCUUACUCUGAUGCACUACAUCAGUGAAAAUGAAAAGUCUGACGCUGACGCAGUUGUUAUAGCAAAAUCAUGGACAAAGGAAGAGCUCACAAUAGAGCAACUUUUUCCUACUGGGUUCCUGAGCAUCCUCAUUUCAUCAAUGCAUGGUACAGUUGGCAAAACUUCUGUAUUUAUUUUAAAAAUGGAAAUCCAAUGUUUGAGACUUUUAAUAUCCUCUCUUGUCAAUCUGAAUGGCAAAGAAACUUACUACGCAUCCACUGAGAUGAUCCUUGGACUUGUGGAAAUAGACCAAUGGACACCCAUGGAGGCACUGAAUCUGCUCAAAGCAAUGGCAUUAAAAUGCACUCAGGAUGUUUCAAUCGCUAAAGUCCUAAAACUGGUAGAAGUUUACGAUGUAUCACCAAGCUGGACGGAUGAUUCUGGCCACUCUCUCGUUCAGGCUCUUGACAGUGCUGAUUCAGAAAGUUUCUAUCAAGAUUUCCACAAGAUACUCAAAAAGAAAGAUGAAAGCCAUCUAGAUGCAGCUCUGGCAGACAUAAAAAUGUCACAAAAGUUGGAUGAUUCCAGAAUUAACGAAAUAAAAACCACAAUCACUGGUGUUUUCCAGUUUUCAGAAAAUGCUCCUGAAGCACCUUUAAAAUAUGAAACUUUUGAUGAAAAUACUUUGCAGAACCUUCUGUCUCAGCUCUGCAAAGCCGUUUUUGACACAAAAGGCUGGUGGCCCACAGUGAAGCACAUGGUGCAGUGGUGUGUGCUGGUCCUAACUGGGAAGACUGAAGUACCACAACUGGUUUCUUCUGAAGAAGACCCGUGUGUCAUUGCCAUGUUCGCUGCAACACAGUUCUAUAUGGGGCACAAAAUAGACAUUAUGCUGAACUCUGACAGUGACACAGAAGACCAAACCAAGGAAUGGUCUGACUUCUACAACAGCCUAGGGAUAUCUGUUAGAGCAAACAUCAACAAACAAACUGAUUCAUCUUUCAUGAGUGUCUAUGGAGCAGAUAUCAUCUAUGGUAAACUUGAAGACUUUGUGACUGACUACUUUCUGUACUGGAAAGAGAUCAUUGAAACACAGAUUCCUAAUCUCGUACGAGGAUUUAUCCUUGAGGAGAAAUGUCUUACCGCGUUAGAUACUUUUGAUCUGUCAAGGCUCAAGGAUAGCGAUUCCCUUCAUUCUGCUGCAGAUGUCCUGCAAAAAACUGUAUGGAAAUUCCAGACAGAAGACAUGGAACAGAGAGGGAGGUUCAUCAUGGCUGUUUUUCAAGUUUUACGUACCAACUCUACAAGCACUGAAGCAAAUAUCACCAACAUAACCAAAAAGAUUAGUGGAAAGGAUCUUCUUCCUAAAGAAAUGUUCAGCCUGACUUUUCUUGAGAAUCUCCUGAAAGUGAUUACUAGUGAAAAUAAAGCUGGAAAACCCAUCACUUCUACUGCUGAAAAAUGGUGUUUGGAAAGUAUCUUAGCAUCAUCAAAGCAAAUGACAGCCUCAAAUAAACAAACCACUGAAGUUUUCCAGAUGAUUUCAAAUCUUGGAGAAAAAAACCUUUGGCCACCACUGGAGCUCCUAAACCUCCUUGGGACAUUAAUAAAUCACCAUCAUAAUGAGGGCUGCAUUUCCAUCAUGAAGAUUUUACAUUUAAUGGAAACAUACCGAGUGUCUUCAAAAUGGACAGAUAAGAAAAUGCAAUCUGUCAUUAGUCUCCUGGAGACAUGUAAGACAGAGAAUCUGAUUCAGCAUUUAGAAAAAAGUCUUGAAGAUGAGGAAAUCAAAACCAUUGACAACCUUUUUGAUGAAAUAAGGGAGAUGAAAGACAUUGGUGAAGAAACAUUGAGUAAAUCAUACAAAAUAGUUUCUCAUGUGACAGACCUGAUAAAGACUGGUGAAAUAAAAAAACACAACAACAUAAAAAAGGCUAAGGAUCUCAGUCAAAGCAUGGAUACAACUGAUCUUCAGGAGGUCUUGGCAGUCUUGUGCAACGCUGUAAACCUGAAAAUAGCUGAAGAGAAGUGGUGGCCGAGAAUCAAUCAACUGAUAAGCUGGUGCCUCUUGGCCUUGUCUGACACUGGAAAACUUCUGGAAAUGGGAACUGGUGAGGGAAAGUCUUGUGUCAUAGCGAUGUUUGCAGCACUCCGUGUGUUUAGGGGUGAAAAAGUCGAUGUGGUGUCCAGCUCAUCGGUUUUAUGUCAAAGAGAUGCAGAAGAAUGGGAAAACUUCUACUCAUACUUUGGCAUUACAGUUGACACAAAUACAAAUAAAACUGACGACAAAAGUCGAAAAGAGUGCUACCAGAAGGACAUCAUCUAUGGAACUAUUGAGGCCUUCGCUGCUGAUCACCUUCGUCAGAUAUUUGAGAUGAAAGAUGUGAGACCUGAUCGCAGCUAUCAGUGCAUCAUCAUUGAUGAAGUGGAUUCUCUGCUGCUGGAUCAGGGAGUGCAGCUGACCUACCUGUCCAGCCCCAUGACCUCCAUGGAGCACCUCAACACUAUUCUGGCCAUGAUCUGGAGCCAUGUCCAACAGUAUGGCUUCCUGUCAUCAGGAGAUCAGACAUUUGUGCAGUGUCCACCUGCUUCAUUCUUUAAGGCCAUCUUUGACUCAAUAAACACAGAAGAAACUGAAAUUGAUGAUCCGAUGGACAUUUUACGUAUUGCAGAAGAAACCAAUACUGUGCCACAGGGUUUCACAGAGGAUAUCCAUAAAGGUGAAAAGAAAGAUAUAAUUGAAAAGCUGAAAACUGUGAAUCAGGAUGCUAUGAUAAAUUUCUUUAAAGAAAUGGAGGACUAUGUUCCCUACGGAUUCACAGUUUACACAUUAAAUGAUGAAGGUCUGCUUAAUCUAAGAAAAGUCAGUCCGUACAACACAAAUCAAAUUCCAGAUCUAAAGUUUCUCGUCUUGGAUGGAGGCUUGUGUUGUCCUCUCUACAACUCUGAAGAAAUUCUCAUCAAGCCCAUUGCAGAGUUGAUCUCAGAGAAGAUCCAGUACACCCCAUGUACAGAUAGUAAUGACAAGAUCUGCAUUCCUGGAUUCUUGAGGAAUCUCAUUGAGACUAAAAUGUCCUUGUGGGUGGAGAACGCCUUUCUAGCAAUACAGCUGAGGGAGGGACGGGAUUAUGUAUUGGAAAAUAACAAUGUCUGUCCUGUAGACUUCAGGUCCACUGGUAUCAUUGAACUGAAUAAGAAAUGGGGUGAUGGUCUGCAGCAGUUUGUAGAAAUCAAACAUCAAAUCAAACUCAGCACAAUUUCAGCAGUGACAAACUAUGUUUCUAAUGUCUCCUUUUUCCAAAAAUACCAAGGGAAGAUAUAUGGGACCACAGGAACGCUUGGCAGUGAAAAGGACAUUCUGUUUCUGCAGGAUCUAUAUCCCAGUCUGUCUGCCUGUAGAAUGCCAACAUUCAACAGGAAGAAACUAUAUGAGGUCCAAGGAACACUGAAAACAACUUCUAAAGAGUGGAAAUCUGAAAUUAAACAAGUUGUAAUGGCUGAGAUUUCACCAAAUUUAUACAGAGAGGGAAGAGCUGCCUUGGUGAUCUGUGAAACUAUCAACAAAGCCAAAGAGAUCCAUGAAGAACUAAAAAACAGCAUCCCCGGAAAGAUCAUUCUCUACUGCCGCAGUGACAAAGAAAGUUUGAGCAAAAUAGAAAAGGUGCUAGAUCCUGGUGAUGUUAUUGUUGCCACAAACCUUGCUGGGCGUGGCACUGACAUCAAAGUGUCCAAACAGGUGAACAAAAAUGGAGGAUUAUUUGUUAUUCUCUCCUUCCUCUCUGAAAACACCAGAGUAGAACUGCAGGCCUUUGGUCGAACAGCACGCAAAGGAAAACCUGGAUCUGCUCAGAUCAUCAUGUGCGCUGAGCACAUGCAGCAUGAUUUCAGGUCAACAAUAUCUGUAGAGGAAGCCAAGAGCAUAAGGGACAGACUUGCAGCAGAAAAGAUAAAUUACAUGAUGAAGGAUAUUUCUGAGAUGAAUCUGAGGGAAGACCUGUUUUCAGCGUACUGUGAGACCCUUCAUGAUAUUUACAAGAAAACAGAUGGAGAUGACAGAAAAGUUAUUGUUGCCAUCAUGAAUGAGUUCUGGGGGAUCUGGCUGCAAAUUAAAUCAGAGGACAUCGAGCAGCAGAAGAAAAAUGAACUACAGCAAAGUCUCACAAAGGAUUUGUCUGCAGCAAGACAACAAACUUCAUCUCAAACCUCACCAUGUUCAAGCAUUUAUCACUACAUCAAUUUUGGAAAUAUGUUUCUGGAUGAUAAAAAAUGGGAACAUGGUUCCAGGCUAUUUGAAAAAGCCAUGAAUCAAGAUGAAAGUUGGGCAGCCAUUGCUUUUUACAGUCAUGCAUACUGCACUAUUAAACUAUCUGGAGAAGAUUAUCUCAAUAAAGCCAAAGAAGAUCUCCAAAGGGCACAGAAGUCACUAAAGUAUCUGAGCGAGGAAUGUAUGACCUGUUUGCAAUUCAUAAAAAUGGUCACUGUGGACUCAGGCAAAAGUGACCCAUCCAGCCUUGAAAAACAGUUAACAACCAAAUGCAGCAUGUACAGAUUCAUUGAUAAAAACAUCACUGAAGCCAUACAAAAGCUGGAUGAAAUCAAAGGAAAAGGGAGGGAUGCAAUUGCCAAAAAAUCCCCUGUUUUCUCCUUGGUGUCAGAUGCUGAUCAAGAUCUCCAAGCAGAAGCCGAUAACCUCUACAGUCGUGGUCUAAAAUAUGUAUUUGCGGUUGAGGAGAAGCCUCGUUUCCCAUGGGAAGGAUUGCUGGUUUUCUUGCUUGGAGUUUUGCAGAUUGUUGCAGGAGCAUUGCUUACUGUAUUCACAGUUGGUACAUUGGCUCAAAUCGGAAUGGGACUCAUUACUGAAGGCAUAUCAGACUGUAUCGAAGGUAUCACAGCAAUGGUGACAGGAGAGUUCAGCUGGAAAGAAUGGGCUAUUGGAAAAGCCAUUUCUAUUGGUGUUUCUAUCAUAUCAUUCGGAGUUGGAAAACUAAUUUCCAAGGGUUUCAAAGCUGCCAAAACAGCAUUCAAAGCUGUAGGUAAGAAACUGAAGUCGUUGCCAAAGUUCCUCUCCAAACAGACCAAAAACAGUUUAAGCACUGUCACAAGGGCCAACAUGAAGAAUGCUAUAAAACAUACCACAAAAACUAUUGUGGAGGAAACGUUGUUCUACGGCCUCGGAAAAGCAGAAGAGGAAGUGCUUAAACAAAUAUUAGCAGGCAUCAAAAAUGAAGUGACAAAGGAAAUUAUUAAUGAUGUGAAAACCAAUUUGGAAAAAGAACCUUUAGCUUCUUUAGUGGAUACUGUGGUCCUCUCACAACUUAUAUAUAAAGAACAAUUGCAUCAUCUCCUGGAAGACGAAAAGAGAAAGAAAGACCUCCUUUCCAUCUACAAACAGUUAGGAAAUUCUGCAGUACUGCCAUUAUAUGAAGACCUUAGUUGGCAGACGAAACUUAACUCAUCAAUCAUCAAAGUGAUUGACAGCGCUAAAGAAGGGACAAAAGGUAAAACAUAUGCUAUUUUGACAGCUAUUGAAACUACCCACCAUGCUAUUCUGGCAGCAGAUGCCAUCGGAGAAGUCUUAACCCUCUCCGGUAAGUUCUUCUCAAACCUUGAGAAAGAACUGAAGACAUUUAAUGAAAAUAAAACUUCUGAAAAAGUGAAGCAAAAUGACUUAACUUUCUCAGAAACUGACAUGCUCAAAAACUUCAAGCAAGACUUGGCUGACACCCUCAGCACGUUAUUGGCCGAUGCAUUGGUGGAGGUGUUUUAUCAGAAAUUUUUCACUCACCUUGUUUCUCGUGCACAAAACAAAGCACAUAAUGCCAUCAAGGAACAUGUCAGAUCUGGUUUAAAAAGUGAGAGGACUGAGGAAAAGCUUAGAGCUGGACAGCACAACAACUACAUUGCAAACAUGCCACUUAAUCCAAAUGCCAAACUUGCAGCUAAUGCUGGUAGACUCUCAAGAUCACAUGCUGCAAAGAUCAAGGACAACAAGACGGCUGGUACCCUUCUUGAUAUCAGAGUUCUGUCGGAGGCUACUGGUAGUCGAGUUGUUAUUCUAACAGAAAACAAACAUGGAAAACUAACAAAAAUGCAGGAGGUUAGUCCAAGCACUAAAUCUGCUGGUGAAACAGUGACUUUGAUCUACAGGCCAAAGAGCACCCAAAACCCUAAUGGUCACUAUGAUGUGUUCAUCAACAAUAAGACAGUGAGCAUAGACAGUAAACAAAAGGGUUCCCUUUUUCAUGCUUUUGCAAGAGGCAUGAAACCAAAGGCCAGUGAAACAGAGAUUGCUUCGGAGGCAAACCACCUCAGACAUGUGGAGGCCAACACUCUACUCAAACACCCAGGACAAUGGGAAUCUUUCAUGAAGCGCAAACAGUUGACAGAAACCAUCAGAGGGGGAGACUGGUACAUGGCAGAGGCAGGUAGACCAGAAAGAAUUAUAAAAGAAAACAAAACUCUACUGCAGAAAGUAACUGGAAAGAUUGAACAAUACAAAGGAUAUUUGAAAAAAACAGCCAUUCCAGUAGUUGAAAAAACUGUCAAUACAGAUCAACAGCCCCCAAACAGUAGCAUAGUGGCAGCUAAAACACUGAACCAGAACAGCAAACUGGCCACGGCAAUGCUGCAAGUGAGAAAAUAUUUACAUGUUUCAGAUACCAGCAAAACAUCUAGUGCUGAGAAUCAAGAAGGACUGAAGCUACCAACUGAUCGCAACCUUAAAGAUGUAAUUGAUGACGUUUCCUCUCCAGAACCAAAAGCUUUGAGAUCAUGCUUGGCCUCCAUGAUAAGCAAAGAUGAUGUUGUUGGAACCUUUAAACUGAUGACAUUUGGAGCAAUGGUCAGAUGUCAACUGAGUAGCACCAAGAAUGUUCAAAACAAUAAGAAGAGUAAAACCCGGAUUGCCAUGUUUGAAAAAAGCUUUCAGCAACACAGUACACAGAUGGUACAUAAAUGGUACAACCUGCUCCAAGGCAAGGGUGUCAUGACAAAUGACCACCUAUCAACCAUCACACAAUGGAUCAACAACCAGGGCUACAAGGAUCAAAAUGAUCCACACAGGAAACAGGCGUUCAGCAUCCAUUCAUGAAGAGUGAAAACCCAGGAGGAUAUCAGCUUACAAGAGAAAUGAAACUACACAGUACUUCCACCUGCCUAAUCAAACACUUGUAUAGCUUUUAACCAUUCUCUUUGACAUGCUAUAGUUUAGACCAUCGGGCGAACCAUUCUAUGGUGAGCAUAUCAAACUAUAUUGUCAAUAUCACAAUUAUUGCAGGUAACUCAGAGAAGGCCUCAAACCUCAAUUUUUUUCUGUUGAUCAAGUUAACUAAAGAUGUCUCUUAGGAGGAUAGAUUAAACUAAAUGUAAUAGUUUUGGUCAUAAUAAUGAUAUAAUAAAUAAAGUUCCAUAAUUUGCUUUUGUUAUUUUCUAUGGCUAAUUCUGAAAUGCUAGACAGAAAUGUUCUAGUUGAAUUAAGAGUUGAUUAGAGAUUAGAGAGUUAAAGAAUUGAUUAGA